GGCAGCGGCGCCGGGCGCGCGGCGCCGGGCUGCCGGUGAAGAGUCGGGGCGGCUCCCGGGCAUCGUUCUUGCUCCCGCUCCUCUCCCGCCUGGCAGCCAUGAGGCGGCAGCGCUACCUGGCUCCGGGCGAGGGCGGCGAGGACGCCGAGCGGGGCGCCCCCUGCCCCUGCCCCUGCCCGGGCCGCCGGAGCCGCCCGCAGCAGCGCCGCCGCCGCCGCGACUGGCUGUACGAGUCCUACUACUGCAUGAGCCAGCAGCACCCGCUGCUCGUCUUCUUGCUGCUCAUCGUCAUCGGCGCCUGCCUGGCCCUGCUGGCCGUCUUCUUCUUCGCCUCCGGGCUGGAAACCGAAGAUCACGUGGCAUUCUUAAUAACUGUUCCAACAGCUCUGGCAAUCUUCUCGGCCAUAUUUAUCCUUGCCUGCAUAGAGCCCUUGUUCAAGAAGUUCCUUCGCGUUUUCUCCUUAGUAGUCUGGGUGUGUCUGGUUGCCAUGGGAUACCUCUUCAUGUGGUUUGGAGGAAUCAUCUGUCCUUGGGACCAGGUGUCAUUUUUCUUAUUCAUCAUAUUUGUGGUCUAUACGAUGCUGCCCUUCAGCAUGCAAGAUGCUAUCAUUGCCGGGGUCCUCACCUCCACCUCCCAUACCGUUGUCCUGAGCAUCUGUCUGUCCUCUACAGGCAUCAUCAAGGAACACUUGGCUUGGCAGAUUUUGGCCAACGUGAUCAUUUUUAUCUGUGGGAAUCUUGCCGGAGCCUACCACAAGCAACUGAUGGAGCUUGCUCUACAACAGACCUAUCAGGACACUUGCAACUGCAUCAAGUCACGCAUCAAGUUGGAAUUUGAGAAGCAGCAGCAGGAACGUCUCCUGCUGUCUUUGCUUCCUGCUCACAUAGCCAUGGAGAUGAAAGCAGAGAUUAUUCAGAGGCUGCAGGGACCCAAAGCAGGCCAGCUGGAGAAUACCAACAAUUUUCACAAUUUAUAUGUCAAAAGACACACCAACGUAAGCAUUUUAUAUGCUGAUAUUGUGGGAUUCACGCGCCUGGCCAGUGACUGCUCUCCUGGAGAACUGGUGCACAUGCUGAACGAACUCUUUGGCAAAUUUGAUCAAAUAGCAAAAGAAAAUGAAUGUAUGAGAAUUAAAAUCUUAGGAGACUGCUACUACUGUGUUUCGGGCCUCCCUAUCUCUCUUCAAAACCAUGCCAAAAACUGUGUGAAAAUGGGCUUGGAUAUGUGCGAAGCCAUAAAGAAGGUCCGAGAUGCCACCGGAGUUGAUAUUAAUAUGCGAGUAGGCGUGCACUCUGGGAAUGUCCUUUGCGGCGUGAUUGGACUGCAGAAAUGGCAGUAUGAUGUAUGGUCACAUGACGUUACCCUGGCCAAUCACAUGGAAGCUGGAGGAGUUCCUGGCCGUGUUCACAUUACUUCAGUCACCUUGGCACAUUUGAACGGGGCUUACAAAGUGGAAGACGGGGACGGAGAUGCGAGGGACCCAUAUCUCAAAGAGCACAAUGUGAAAACCUACUUUAUAAUCAAUCCCAAGGAGGAAAGACAAAGUCCACAGCAUCAUUUCCGACCCCGGAACACUUUAGAUGGAGCUAAAAUGAGAGCCUCUGUCCGCAUGACCCGCUACUUGGAGUCCUGGGGAGCAGCCAAGCCGUUUGCUCAUUUGCACCACCGGGACAGCAUGAUUACCGAGAACGGCAAGAUCAGCACCAUGGACAUGCCCAUGGGUCAGUAUAAUUUCCACAGAUGUAGAGAAAGAACAAAAUCUCAGAAGAAAAAGUUUGAAGAAGAACUGAACGAAAGGAUGAUUCAAGCAAUUGAUGGCAUAAAUGCUCAAAAGCAGUGGCUUAAAUCUGAGGAUAUUCAAAGGAUAUCAUUGCUUUUCUACAACAAAGCUCUAGAAAAAGAAUAUAGAGCCACAACGCUGCCAGCAUUCAAGUACUAUGUGACUUGCGCUUGUCUCAUAUUCUUCUGCAUUUUUCUUGUGCAGGUUCUAGUACUACCCAAAAAGUCUGUUCUUGGAAUCUCCUUCGGGGCUGCCUUUCUUGUGCUUUCCUUCAUUCUUUUUAUCUGCUUUGCUGGACAGCUCUUGCAAUGCAACAAGAAAGUCUCGGCCUCACUGAUUUGGGUUUUGAAGUCGUCAGGAGUCGUUGCAAACCGCCCCUGGCCGCGGAUCAUGCUCACGUUGAUAACAACAGCUAUAAUAUUAACGAUGGCUGUCUUUAACAUGUUUUUCUUGGAUGAUGAGAACAAUGUGGUUGAAUUUCUCCCCAUUUUUAAUUCUUCAAAUGCAAGUUCUCUCGAUGCAAGUGAUCAGACUGUCUGGUAUAUUCAGACCAAUUAUUUUUUCCUACCAUAUUUUAUCUACAGCUGCGUUCUGGGCCUGAUUUCCUGUUCUGUUUUCCUUCGGAUAAACCACGAGUUGAAAAUGGUCCUCAUGGUGGUUGCCGUAGUGGCCUACAAUGUCAUUCUUCUACACACACAUGGCUCCGUGCUGGAUGACUACAGCAAGUUCCUGUAUACAAUGGCACCUCUAAAAAGGCCAGGGAUCCUGAAAGAUCUGAAGACUAUGGGUUCUGUCUCUCUGUUCAUAUUCUUUGUGACCCUGCUGGUUCUCAGCAGACAGAAUGAAUAUUACUGUAGGUUAGAUUUCCUGUGGAAGAACAAGUUCAAAAAAGAGCGUGAGGAGAUUGAGACCAUGGAGAAUCUGAAUCGGCUGCUUCUGGAGAACGUGCUGCCUGCUCACGUGGCUGAACACUUCCUGGCGAGGAACUUGAAAAACGAGGAUUUAUACCAUCAGUCAUAUGACUGUGUCUGUGUCAUGUUUGCCUCCAUUCCGGAUUUCAAAGAGUUUUACACAGAAUCCGAUGUCAACAAAGAGGGCUUAGAAUGUCUUAGGCUUCUAAAUGAGAUCAUUGCCGACUUUGAUGAUCUGCUGUCUAAACCCAAAUUUAGUGGAGUUGAAAAGAUCAAGACCAUUGGGAGCACGUACAUGGCGGCCACAGGAUUAAGCGCAAUGCCCAGCCAAGAGCAUAGCCAGGAGACGGAGCGACAAUACAUGCAUAUUGGAACUCUGGUGGAGUUUGCGUUCGCCCUUGGAGCAAAACUAGAUGUUAUAAACAAGCAUUCCUUCAACGACUUCAAGCUCAGAGUAGGUAUUAACCACGGACCUGUCAUUGCGGGUGUCAUUGGGGCGCAGAAACCACAAUACGACAUCUGGGGCAAUACCGUCAACGUGGCUAGCAGGAUGGACAGCACGGGCGUCUUAGAUAAAAUCCAGGUCACAGAAGAAACCAGCAACAUCUUACAAACGCUGGGCUACAUUUGCACCUGCCGAGGCAUUAUUAAUGUCAAAGGAAAAGGAGACCUCCAGACGUACUUCGUACAUACGGAAAUGACAAAGUCCCUUUCACAGGGGAACGUGGCAUCCUGAGAUCCACCACGUCAAUGUGGCCAACUCCACAUUUUUAGAGGAAAAGCAUCACACAUUUUUCUCACCUCUCUUUUGGCCCAUACCAUGAGACAUGCGUGUCAGUUUUCUGGUCUCUAGAAAUGUAGCUGUAGUAACAUCUACAGUCUAGUUCCACCAUCCAGCAUCGAAGCUCCUCAGUAGUCUUAAUGUUCCAGGGUGGCCAACGCGUGUGUUUUGGGAUGGGAAGACGUACGGCAACUUGCACUGUCAACGAUGAAUUGGGAAAGAUAGAGGGGGGAAACUUUAAGGACUUAAGAUUUAGGGGGGGAAGAUGCCAUUAAGGGAGAAAAGGAAAACACAACAAUCUUAUUGCAAUAAAAUUAGAGCUGCAUGGAAAGUUCUGGAAGUUACAGUAGCUCCCCAAUAUAACCUUUAGUCUUGAAUUUGUAAUAUCUAAUUCUGUCCCUUCAUCUACUACAACCAGGGUGUGUUCACCAGUUUUCUCUCACAGCCAGUGACACAAAAUGGAGCUCCCAUUUGGCCGCCUCCUCUGGAAGGAAGUCAUAAUGGAGCAGGACCACUUUUGUACAAAAAUGUGUCCCAUGUUUUAAUGCCAUUGUCUUUUGUAAGAUUAACUCAUUAAUAAAAGUUUAUAUGUCUUUAAACUUG